AUGCAAGCCUUUAACGAUGAGAUCACAAGCCCACUCACGGAACAAAUCUACCUCUCUGCGAUCCACAGCUAUUUCAAGAAGCCUUUAAAUCAAGCUUCUGAAGUGACAUCUGCUUCAAACUUUUGCGGCUAUGUCGAAAAUAGCAGCAACAACAACAAUAACUUUCCAGACAAGUCCAACAGCGGUUCCAAUCAAGAUCAUGAAGACAGCACUAUCAACAACGACAACGCAGAUUUGUCGAUCAUAUUCGAUUCACAAGACGAUUUCGAUAACGAUAUCACAGCUUCAAUCAAUUUCUCUUCAUCAAUCCAAUUUCCAGUCUCAGAUCAACUCCAAGAUCAGUUUGAUUUCACCGGAGUUCAACUUCACCAGCCUCCGAACAUUCUCUACUCUUCCUCCUCCGGUGAUCCUCUGCCUCCGCCUUUAUCGGCUUUCGAAGAGGAUUGUCUUUCUUCCGUCCCAAGUUACAAUCUUGGCUCCCUAAACCCUACUUCUCCUUCUUGCUCUUUCUUGCUCUCUCUUCAUCAAUCAUGGCCGUAA